AUGUCGUGCUGCUUGUGUUGGUCGCCCCCCGGCUGCUUGCUGCCCGUGAAAUGGCUCGUCCUCUUCCUUUAUUUCUUGCGACAGCAAUUGCUGGCCCCUGAAGCCGACGUUGGUCCUCCAACACCCCGCCACCUUCCUAUUAUUGGCAUCAUGGGCUCGGGCACGUAUGGGCACGAAGAAUUGGCUGAGCCGCUGGGCCGGUGGCUGGCAGCGGCCGGUUUUCAUCUAUUGACUGGUGGAGGCCGAGGUGUCAUGGAGGCGGCCACACGGGCUUUCACCACAGUGCCCAAGCGCUCUGGCUUUGCAAUUGGUAUCAUUCCUUGCUCAGAGUACAAUAUUCUUGAGCCCAAGUCUGGCUACCCAAACGACUUUGUCGAGAUUCCCAUCAUGACGCACCUCCCGCCCGUGGAGGGUUCCCACAUGCUGAGCCGCAAUCACAUCAAUGCUCUCACGCCCGCCGUUGUCAUUGCCUUGCCCGGCUCAAGCGGUACGGCAUCUGAGGUCCAACAUUGUCGGGCUUACAACACUCCGGUCUGCAUCUACUCUCCUGAUGGCAUUGAGGCUGUUCCGGGCGUGGACCCGUCUACCGUGGUGCUCUGUCGCCCUCCAACCAGCUGCCUAAUCAUGAAAUCAACGCUCCUCCUUUUGCUUUACAUGUGUGUGUGUGUGUGUGUGUGUGUGUGUGUGUGUGUGUGUGUGUGUGUGUGUGUGUGUGUGUGUGUGUGUGUGUGUGUUGUCAGCAAAAGUGUUGGCGGGAAAAUCGAACUUGAUUUGUCGACAACCUAA